AGUGGACAGGAAGAAGAGGGACUAAGAAAAGGUGGAAUAAACUGGAGUUAGUGGUGGUUGUUUUGGUGCUGGGGGGACAGGAUGAGUGAGGACAACCACUCCCACUACAGGCUGGACCCCAGCGAUCGCCUUAAUGGGCUGGGGCAGCGGAGAAAGAGACCCAAGAAGUCGGAUAGUAACACCAGUUUUCUGCGAGCAGCAAGAGCGGGAAACAUCGACAAGGUUUUGGAAUUUCUUAAAGGAGGAGUGGAAAUCAGCACCUGCAAUCAGAAUGGUCUGAAUGCACUGCAUCUGGCUGCCAAGGAGGGCCAUGUGGACCUGGUCCAGGAGCUUUUAGAUCGAGGUGCAGCUGUGGAUUCAUCCACAAAGAAAGGAAACACAGCCCUUCACAUAUCCUCUCUGGCUGGUCAGGCUGAAGUUGUGAAGAUCCUGACCAAACGUGGAGCUGACAUCAAUUCACAGUCUCAGAAUGGAUUCACUCCUCUGUACAUGGCAGCCCAGGAGAAUCACAUGGAUGUGGUGCGCUACCUGCUUGAAAAUGGAGGCAACCAGAGCAUUGCAACAGAAGAUGGUUUUACCCCUCUGGCCAUUGCCCUCCAGCAGGGACACAACCAGGUGGUCUCCAUCUUACUGGAAAAUGAUACCAAAGGCAAGGUUCGCCUGCCUGCAUUGCACAUUGCUGCCCGCAAGGAUGACACAAAAUCAGCCGCCCUGCUCCUUCAGAAUGAUCACAACGCCGAUGUCCAGUCGAAGAUGAUGGUCAAUAGGACUACUGAGAAUGGCAAGAGUGGAUUUACCCCGCUGCAUAUCGCUGCCCACUAUGGAAAUGUCAAUGUGGCCACUCUCCUGCUCAAUCGUGGGGCGGCCGUGGAUUUCACAGCCAGGAAUGGAAUAACUCCCUUACACGUGGCGUCUAAGCGUGGCAACACCAACAUGGUUCGCCUGUUACUGGAUCGAGGCUCUCAGAUUGAUGCUAAAACACGGGAUGGUCUGACACCCCUUCAUUGUGCAGCGCGGAGUGGACAUGAGACAGCUGUGGAGCUGCUGCUGGAAAGAGGAGCCCCUUUACUGGCCAGGACCAAGAAUGGCCUGUCCCCACUGCACAUGGCGGCCCAAGGUGACCACGUCGAAUGUGUCAAACACCUUCUGCAGCACAAGGCUCCCGUUGAUGAUGUCACACUGGACUACCUGACAGCGCUGCAUGUGGCAGCUCAUUGUGGUCACUACAGAGUGACCAAACUGUUGCUGGAUAAGAGGGCCAAUCCUAACGCCAGGGCUUUGAAUGGCUUCACUCCUCUCCAUAUAGCCUGUAAGAAGAACAGAGUAAAAGUGAUGGAGCUGCUGGUUAAAUAUGGAGCAUCAAUCCAGGCCAUUACAGAGUCUGGUCUGACUCCCAUACAUGUAGCGGCAUUCAUGGGUCACCUGAACAUCGUCCUGCUUCUGCUGCAGAACGGUGCCUCGGCGGAUGUCUGCAACAUACGUGGAGAAACAGCAUUACACAUGGCAGCCAGAGCCGGUCAGGUGGAGGUGGUCAGAUGUCUGCUGAGGAACGGAGCGAUGGUGGAUGCUCGCGCACGGGAGGACCAGACUCCUCUUCAUAUUGCAUCCCGUCUGGGGAAAACAGAGAUCGUGCAGCUGCUGCUACAGCACAUGGCCCAUCCUGAUGCUUCCACAACCAACGGUUAUACCCCACUCCACAUCUCUGCCAGGGAGGGGCAGGUCGAGACCGCCUCGGUCCUGCUGGAGGCUGGGGCUUCACACUCAUUGGCUACAAAGAAAGGGUUUACUCCCCUGCAUGUGGCUGCCAAGUAUGGCAACCUAGAUGUAGCCAAACUGCUGCUGCAGCGCUGUGCUCCUCCUGAUGCUGCUGGAAAGAACGGCCUCACUCCCCUUCAUGUUGCAGCGCAUUACGAUAACCAAAAGGUGGCGCUCUUGCUUUUGGACAAAGGAGCAUCUCCCCACACAAUGGCCAAGAAUGGCUAUACUCCUCUGCACAUUGCGGCUAAGAAGAACCAGAUGGACAUUGCCACAGUGCUGCUGCAGUACGGCGCAGAGACCAACAUCCUGACUAAGCAGGGUGUCACACCACUCCAUCUGGCCUCCCAGGAGGGCCACGCAGACAUGGCAGCCCUGCUAAUCAGCAAGGGAGCCCAAAUCAAUGUCCCCACAAAGAGUGGCCUAACUGCCCUACAUCUGGCUGCCCAAGAGGACAGAGUAUCUGUUGCUGAGAUCCUCGCUAAGAACAGCGCCAACUUGGACCACCAGACAAAACUGGGUUACACCCCACUUAUCGUAGCAUGUCACUAUGGUAAUGCCAAGAUGGUGAACUUCUUGCUGCAAAAUGGGGCCAGUGUCAAUGCCAAGACCAAGAGUGGAUACACUCCUCUUCAUCAAGCUGCCCAACAAGGAAACACACACAUCAUAAAUGUUUUGCUGCAGUAUGGUGCCAAACCCAAUGCAAUUACUGUGAAUGGUAACACUGCACUGGGUAUAGCUCGGAGGCUCGGCUACAUUUCUGUGGUGGACACACUGCGGGUCGUCACCGAGGAGAUCAUUACCACCACUACGACGGUGACUGAGAAACACAAGCUGAAUGUGCCUGAAACCAUGACUGAAGUACUGGAUGUCUCAGAUGAAGAAGGUGAUGACACAAUGACAGGUGACGGUGGAGAGUACCUUAGGCCCGAGGACCUCAGAGAGCUGGGAGAUGAUUCCCUGCCUGGACAAUACCUGGAUGGAAUGAACUACCUCCGCUUCAGCCUGGAGGGGGCUCGCAUUGAGAGUUCAGACAGGUCCUUCACACCCACCCACCAUAGCUACUACUCUCCAAGACAUGAAGGCAUGAUGGACGAGAUGCUCUCCAGUCAUCAGGUUUUAUCACUUGCCAGGGAGAAUGAGAGGGACUCCUUCAGACUGAGUUGGGGAACAGAGAACCUGGAUAACGUGGCUUUGUCCUGCAGCCCCAUCCAUUCAGGCCGUUCCUCUCCGUGCCAUGAUCAUGGAGACCACAGCAGCUUCUUGGUCAGCUUCAUGGUGGACGCCAGGGGCGGAGCCAUGUGCGGUUGCCGACACAACGGCCUCCGCAUCAUUGUUCCACCCAAGAAGUGCAGCGCCCCAACGCGGGUCACCUGUCGGCUGGUGAAACGGCACCGUCUGGCCACCAUGCCCCCCAUGGUGGAGGGCGAGGGGCUGGCCAGCAGGGUCAUAGAAGUGGGGCCAUCUGGAGCCCAGUUUCUCGGUAAACUUCACCUCCCCACUGCCCCUCCACCUUUAAACGAGGGAGAGAGUCUGGUUAGCAGAAUCCUCCAGCUUGGUCCACCAGGGACAAAAUUUCUUGGUCCUGUAAUUGUUGAAAUCCCCCACUUUGCCUCACUCCGAGGGAAGGAGCGGGAGCUAGUGAUCCUCAGAAGUGAGACAGGAGAGAGCUGGAAGGAGCAUCAGUGUGAAUACACUCCAGAGGAACUCAAUCAGAUACUGAAUGGCAUGGAUGAGGAACUGGACCCACCAGAAGAGCUGGAAAGGAAACGCAUUUGCAGAAUCAUUACCAGAGACUUCCCACAGUAUUUUGCAGUGGUGUCACGCAUCAAGCAGGACAGUAAUUUGAUUGGUCCUGAGGGAGGCAUCCUAAGCAGUACCGUUGUGCCUCAAGUGCAGGCAGUUUUUCCUGAGGGGGCGCUCACCAAAAGGAUUAAAGUUGGACUGCAGGCCCAGCCAGUGAAUGUAGAUGUAGUGAGGAAGAUCCUUGGUAACAAGGCCACCUUCAGUCCCAUUGUCACCCUGGAGCCUCGCAGGAGAAAGUUCCAUAAACCCAUUACAAUGACCAUCCCUGUUCCCAAGAGCAACUCUGACCCAAUUCUUAAUGGUUUUGGGGGGGACACACCCACAUUACGACUGCUUUGUAGCAUAACUGGUGGAACAACGCCUGCACAAUGGGAGGAUAUAACAGGGACAACUCCAUUAACAUUUAUUAAUGACUGUGUCUCCUUCACUACCAAUGUUUCUGCAAGGUUCUGGCUUAUAGACUGUCGACAAGUCCAGGAAUCUGUCAACUUCUCCACUCAGGUGUAUCGAGAGAUCAUCUGUGUUCCCUACAUGGCCAAGUUUGUGAUCUUUGCCAAAACCCAUGACCCAAUUGAAGCCAGAUUGCGCUGUUUCUGCAUGACUGAUGACAAGAUUGAUAAAACACUGGAACAGCAGGAGAACUUCACUGAGGUGGCUCGGAGCCGUGAUGUAGAGGUUUUGGAAGGGAAACCUAUAUAUGCAGACUGCUUUGGAAACCUGGUUCCACUCACCAAAAGUGGCCAACAUCAUCUGUUCAGCUUUUAUGCCUUUAAGGAGAACAGGCUAGCACUCUUCAUCAAAAUACGGGACAACACUCAGGAGCCAUGCGGCCGAUUGUCAUUUAUGAAGGAACCCAGGAACUACAGGUCACUUCACCAAAAUGCCAUAUGCAACCUCAAUAUCACGCUUCCUUCAUACAGCAAAGACUCAGAUUCAGACCAAGAGCAAGAAGAACAGACUGGCAGAACCUUUGAGAGAUAUGAAGAGACGGAUACAUCAAUCCUGAAAUCUGAGCUGAUUCGAGAACCAGAUCUUCUGUCCGACGUGUCGGAAAUGAAACAGGAUUUGAUUAAAAUGACUGCCAUCUUGACUGCAGACUCGACAGAGAAAUCCCCUUCCUUAGGAAGGUGUGGUCUAGAGAAGGGGACAGAGGAUGUUUCUGGAGAACCAUUAGAAAUAAUGGAGAAGGACCUUGAGAAAGUCAAGGAGGACCUUGAGAAAGUCAGUGAGAUACUGAGAAGUGGAACAUAUCAGGGUGAGGUGGCAGAGGAGGCAGCUAAAGCAGCUAGAAUGACUGAGGAGUGGGUUCUCCUCACAGACUCUGAGAUAAAAGAGGCUAAAAAAAUGGCUGCCCUAAAAGUUCAGGAACCCAUCUUACGUGAAAGUAAGGCUAAGAGAGGGGCUCCCAGACCAAAAGCCAUCAAGGGUAGUGGUGACCUUAAAGAAUACCUCCUGGAUGCACCAGUGAGGUCCAAAGCAAAGACUAAGAAAGAGAAUGGUGCAGAAGAAAGAUUCACUGAUGUUGUACUACGGGAAAGUGCAAAACCUUCAGCUCAAGCAAAGUCCUAUGAAAGAAUUAUAACUGUUGAUGUUAAAAAGCCAAUGAGACGGAAGGAAAAAGACCAGGAGCAGGCAAAGGAAUCAACAGAAGCAGGAGCUCAUCUUAGUGUGCCAACACCUCCUGCUCCAACAUCACCUGUAUCCCCAGUGAUAGAAGAAACGCCCAUUGGGUCAAUAAAGGACAAAGUGAAAGCCUUACAGCAAAAAGUUGAGGCUGAACAAAAGAGCAACAAGGUCACUGGAAGCAAGCCUUCACAUUUGCCUGUUAUAAAUAAAUCAUCACCAAAAGCCAAAGAAACCCCUAAAUCCAAACACCCCCUUCCCAAAACCCCGAAAGCUGAAUCAGAAAAACUUGAGGAGACAAUGUCAGUUAAAGAGCUGAUGCAAGCAUUCCAGACCGGACAGGACCCCUCAAAGAGGAAGUCUGGGUUAUUUGAGCUCAAAACAUCUACAUCAAGAUCAGAGAAAACCGCACAAUCCAAAUCUGUCCAGUCAAAGUCUAUGAGCAAAGCAAUGACCUUACAUGUCUCACAAGCUCACGAAGUCUUGCUGGAUCCCAAAAAUGCAAAAAAAGAGACAACUUUACAGGAUAAAGAUAAAGCAAUCAAAUCAAGCGCUUGCUCCGAUCUAUCUGAAACUGUAGACUUUGGAAAUGGUGGCCUUGAUGAUAGCUCUGACAGCUGUAAACAUGAGGGUGUGGCAGAAUCACUAAGUGGUAGUUCUGGAGAUGGAACCCAUCACCUUAGCUCAGAGGACAGUUCCAAGCAUGAAGGAUUGGCCAGUGCAGGCACGAGCCCUGAGAGUUUGUCUGUACAACAGCCAUCUACAGCAUUGGCAUCAACUUCCACAAAAGUUAAAAAAGACCUUACAGACAAAGAGAACUCUGGAGACUCUGGUGUAGGGACCUCUGGUGACCAGGUAUCUACAGACUUCACACUCCCUGUCUCUUCCAGUGAGGCUGCAGAUGACCACACAACAAGUGAGUCAAUAUCUCUCAGGAGGACUGAGUCUAAAUCAUCUAAACCUCAAAACAUUACUAAGAGAGUUUCAGAAACUGUAGAAACAUUUCUUAGUGAUGAUGACAGCCCCGGUGAACAGAUAGCAUUGUCAUUAAUUGGUUCUCCAGGCUCUAGAUCCCCAUCUAAGCAUCAUGCAAGCUUUAACCUGCCUUUAAAACAAGAAUCAGAUGCCCUCAGUCCAUUAGCUGAUGACUCUUUGACAAUAAGCCACAGAGACUCUUUAGAGGGUAGUCCUCUGAUGGAAGAAAAUUCUUCCCAUAAAUCUCCAGACUCUAUUGAGCCCAGUCCAACCAGAGAAUCACCCCCUCGUGAUUCCUUGGACAGCAGUCCUGUAGAGCAAAAAACCCACCCAUUCUUCCCACCAGCACCCAGUGCUAAUAAACCCUCUAGCCACACAUCACCCUCUAAGGCCAAAGACCUCCCCCAAGAUGCUUUCCAUGGUAGGCUGCUUCAAGACCCUGAAGCUAGUGCUGAUGAUGACAGUUGUGAGCAGACAUCUCAGAUGACAAGUUCGGGUAAGAGUGCCCUCUCCCCUGAUACCCCUAGUUCUGAAGAGGUAAGUUAUGAGGUAAACCCCAAACUCCCUGAAAAUACUUUCCUGUCUAUUUUAUUCAAACCUGCUUUUAUCCCAGAAGACCCAGAAGACGAGGAUGCAACAGACAGCUAUGAAGUUAAGAAAAAGAUCACUCCAGAGAAGGAAAUGUUUAAGAUGGCUGCAAAAAUAAAAACAUUUAAUGAAAUGGAACAAGACCCAAAGAGCAACAGGAAGUCUAGCAAAGAUGUGUUUUCCUCAGCAGAUGACAAGAUAGGGGAUAACAGCUAUGAAACAUUAAACCCCAGCAGUGAGAAGCUUUCACAAAGUGAAUGUCGACUCAAUAGAUGCACAGAAGAGUCAACGUUAGCUCUUUUUAUUGGUCCAGAUAUUAAAGUACAACCUCCCUCUCCUUUUUCAGCAGGUAUACAUGAUGGAACCCAGAGCAAAGAAAUCAAGAACACAUCAGCAACUCAUACUUCAGAGGGAUCUCACUCUGUCUCAGACCAGCAUAAUUCAAAACCCAAACUGAAAACCUCAUGGGAAACAAUCCCAUCAUCUGCUGAAGCUGUUAAACAUGUUUCUAAUGCCACAUUGGCAACUUCAAACAUUGAAAACAGGACAGAUGAGCAAAAACAGGAGAGCUUGAAGAGGUCAAGGGAAGAUAAAGAAGAUAAUAGUAGUCAGAUGUUGGCUGUUAGCAAGAUACAGAAAGAUGUGCAAAAAACAAGUUCUAAUGUUACAGAUGAAGUGAAGGAAGAUAGAUGGGGUCAUGCAGCAAAACCUGGACUCUGUCCAGAUGUUGGCACAAGUCAAACAAAACAUCAGGUCUGUACUCAUAAUGACACAGAAGUAGAAAAUGAGACAUCAAAUCUUCCUAGAACGGAAUCAAAAGGAGUCACUGCAAGAGUAGACACUGAGUCAUGGUCUGCCAUGCGAGACGAUGAUGAAACAUUUGCAGCCCGUGUAAAAGAGGAGGAACAGAAGAUCCUAAAUCUGGUGGUGGAUCGUCAGUCAUUGCAAGCAACUCCAGACACCACACCUGGUAGAACACCAACAGAAGAGAGCACUCCUACCAGUGAGCCAAAUCCUUUUCUUUUCCAGGAAGGGAAGCUCUUUGAAAUGACUCGGAGUGGUGCAAUUGACAUGACUAAGAGAAGCUAUGAGGAGGAGGGGGGUGGCUUUGCUUUUUUUCAGAUAGGUGAACAGUCUUUAGAGGAGCCUACCUUAGAUGAGUCCAGGCAAGAAGAUAGAUCAGCUGCAGAAUCAACAGUAGGUCUCAACUUAGCACUAGAGCCUCAUACAGAGGAAGAUGUUAUAUUAGAAAAGAAAAUUGAUUCACAGCUUCAGUCCCCACCUGACGGAGAUCAGUUAGGCUGUAAAGCUGAUGCACCCAAGUCUAAAAUCCCUAAAAUGGGCAUUUCAGCUUCAACCAAAAUUUCAAAGAAAGAUCUGACAUCCCCUGAACCUCUUGAGAUUAAAGCAGAAAACGACAUAAAUGAAGUAUCAUUAGAUUUAGAAACUAUUUCAAAUGAACAACCAAUAACAAAUGUACAGACUGCAGAAACUACUGUUACUAGAUCAGUUUACUCUGAGCAAGGCCAAGAGUCCUCUGAUUCCUCCCCAGAAGAGACAAAAUCUGUGGUAGAAACCCCAAAAACAACAGGCAAGGAGGUAGUUAAAAGUACUUUCCAUAACAGUAAGAAAACUCAAAGCACAGUCAAAGCACAAAAUAAGUCUGUUCCCCAAGGUCGGGCAAAAUCUAUGAUUCCUUCACCAUCUCAUGUAACAUCGCCCUCAACAGCUCUUAAAAAAGACUCUUCAGAAUCUUCAAGAAUCUUAACUUCAGAAUCUAAAUCUAGGAUUCCUAUCAAGGCUAGCUCUGCCAAAGCUGAUUCUGAAUGUAUGGAAUCCACUAAAGAGAAAAAGCUUAAGGCUCCUGUAAAAAAGGGCAUGAGGAGAAAAUCUGAGACAGAUGCAGGUCCUUCUGUGGAUGUCAAACCCAAGACACAGUCUUCCAAUGCCAAGAGCUUCUGUGAUGGGGAGUCUACCAGAUCACCUACUAAAAAGGAUCAGGGUUGUCCCAUGAAUAUUGAGUCAACAAGAUCUAAAGGUUUCCAGUCCAGGUUGCCAGUCCGUGGCAAAAGUGCUCCGUCAUCUUAUUCAACCACAUCCAGUAAAGAAAAAAGCAAACCACAGAGACAGUCUAUUGAGUUCGUUGAAGAGAUCAGUGAUGAAGCAGCAAAACUUGUGGCAAGGUUGGCACAGGCAGAGGCAGAGGAAGAGGCUGUAGCUGCUCUCUCAGAUGAUGAGAGCAGUCUUAUUGAUCCAUCAAUCAUAGAAAGAGAACCCUUCCCAGAUCUGCGGUUCCCACCCUCAGGAGACGUCUUUCCCAUUAGACCACUGUGGGACGACCCUGUUGAGACACAGAUGCAGCGAAUUCCAGACGAUAAAGUCCAAAGUCAAGUAGAUCCACAGGAUGAAACAGAAAGAAAUGAGCAAAGGAUGGCCAUUAUAGCCGACCACCUGGGCUUCAGUUGGAUGGAGUUAGCACGAGAAUUGGACUUCAGCGAGGAGAAUAUCAACAUGAUAAGGACUGAAAACCCAAACUCACUGCAAGACCAAAGCCAUUCCCUUUUGAACUUCUGGACUGUGAGAGAGGGACACAGUGCCACAGCAGAAGCAAAACUUAUAAAGACGUUGACAAAGAUCAACCGAAUGGACAUUGUUCAUCUUAUUGAAACCAAGAUAAACAAAAGUGCUGAAGAGGAGACAUCUUCACAUACCUACGCAGAGAUCGAACAGACCAUCACUCUGGACCACAGUGAAGGUUUCUCCGCUCUUCACGAAGAUAUUGAUAGUCCACGGCCAGACAGACGUAAAAAAGCUGCCUGCAGAAGCUCAGUUUCAGAACAAGAAGUGCCCGUGGUGUCAGCAGAGGAGCUAUCUACUAGUUUGUCAUCGCUUCACGAGACAUCAGAAAGAUAUGAGACAGGUGCCACAGCUACAGAACUUCUGAAAAUAUCCCAAAAAGAAAAACUACAAAUGAAGUUGGAAACAACAAACUCAUCAAAACAUAUAUACGAGGAAGUGACAGACCCAGUUCACAUGGGCAGUUUUAAGCAAGCAGACAUCCUGCCAGACAUCCCACCACAGACAGUGACUGAAGAGAAGUACACAGAUGAGCAUGGCAACAUGGUAGUGAAGAAAAUCACACGGAAGGUGAUUCGUAAAUAUGCGUCUCCGGAUGGCUCAGAAACACAGGAAGUGAGCAUUGAGGGCUCCCACCAGGAGAUGGUGCAGAUAGAGGAAGGAGACGCUGUGUCCAGAGUUGUGAAGAGAACUGUGCUUCACAGUGAGGGAGAUCAGAAAGAGCUGACCAUCUCUAAACCCUUGGGUCUGGGUGCCACCACUACGUCAGAGUUUGAAGUGGAGCCUGUUCAGGGUCGAAAGGUCAGCAAAGUUGUCAAGACGACUGUGGUUAGGGGCGAGCGGAUGGAGAAGCAGAGGGGAGACCCAUCAUUGGCUGCAGACCUACCCUCAGCCCAGGAGGACUUUGAGAAGGCGUUGGGUUAUGCUGGAGGUUUUGGCAAAGUGCUCCUGCCUCAUGUGGUAGAGAAGGAGAUUGUACAGGAGGACGGUUCUGUGGUUAAAAGAAGCCAGAUGCAUAAGUCACGCACCCAGAAGAGGACCGUGGUGAGGGAUGCCCAGGGGAAGCAUGUACACCUGGAGCGUGUGGACGACACCCCGGACGCUCUGCAGCCCGACGCCCUCCAGCAGCACCUGCACCACCUGCUCCAACGUUACUGUGAGGACAACCUGGAGGAGGAGGAGGAGCAGGAACAGGAGAGAAAUGACUGAGUGGCUACUUCCACUUAUCCCCCACUACAUCUUCCACCGAAGCCUUUGGUGACGUUCUUCCUCAGAGCCAGAUGUUUUCCUCUCCUGUCAGGGUUUUCUGUUUUUGGUUUUGUGGAUUUCAGGACAGGAUUUGUGCUUCAAAUUUUUCCUUUGCUCUGAUUCUGACCAAAGAAAGCACUCCUCAUUGCUUUAGAUCUGUUAUUUGAAAGUCUUCAGCUGCUGUCAUAUGAUGGAGGGACGACGCGCCAACAGGCACAUUGGAGUUAAAGGGGGCUUCUUGCAUCUCACUUAUGGGCCUCUUCUAGAAAAACUCUUGUAAAGAUUUGUACAUAGAGGAGAUGAAAGGAAUCAAGGUUUGACUGGAAAGAAAAUCAACAAAUUGAAAGCAUUUAAUACAAAAGCCCACACAAACCUGCUGUACAGGCACUGAUUUAGCUGGAGAGAGCCCACUGUACUGAUGAAAUUACUGUUCCACAGAGAAUAGAAUGGGUAGGUGUGUGUGUGCGUGUGUGUUUCUGAACCAGUCCUAUAUGAUCAUAGCUUUAAUCUUCAUCGUGCAUCGACCCUUGUUAUUUCAGUUUGAGCCCAGUGUGUCAUGCAUCCACAUUGUAGCUUUGCAAAGCCUACCCCUCUGUGUGUCUGUAAAUAGUAUGUUUAAGGAAAGAGAGUAGUGAUAAGGAAAGUUUCAGUGUGCAGAAACCCACCCCCCCCCCCACCCCACCCCAACUGCAGCUGCUUGCCUCCAUAAACAUGUUUAAAGGAUCUGUUCACCUGUUUUAUCCUUAUUGUCAAAGGCCUCCUGGGAAUUAUAAAGGCUGCACAGCUGUGUGUCAGCUCAGGUUAAAGACAGUGUAGCACCAUUUAGUACUUUCCCAAAGUGUGUAUCCUGUGUACAACAGUAGAAGCUGUCUCCAAAACCGAGACAAGAACAGAUAUGACUCAGUCCACUAUACUGACCCAAAAAGGUUUUUAUUGUACUGAGAUUUAAAUUCUGACCAUUUUUUUUUUUUUUAGAUCUCCAAAACUGGAAUUCCCAAUUUUCAACAGAGAGAAAAACCAAGUCAGACCUGCUGCUCAUAUUUCUCUGAAGUUCUGGGAAUUAUGUAACCGCUGACUGGAAUUGACCUGGAAGGGGAUGGUUAAAAUUUUUUGAAGUGGGGUUGUGUGAGGUAGCUAUCAGUAGUCACUACCAUACUUACAGAAGACUGAUUAAUAAGACUAGGGCCCCCCAACAGAGCAAAUUUCAACCUCAAGGAUCUGACGUACCUCUCCAUUUGUGUGAAGGUGAGCCGCUUAAAACUCAUGGACAAGAAUGUGCCCCUUUCUCUGCUAUUUUUAGCUUAGCCGAACAGCGAUGUUGAGUUGUGCCCUGCUCGGGACAUGAUGAAUGCAGUUAUAUCUGCCUCCACAGGUUCCUAAAUAGCAUCGUAUCAUUCUCUUUACGGCUCGAAGAGAUAUCUACAGAUCUUCCCAGAAACAUUCAACUUGUUCCUGUCAUAUAAUCACUCAGUUUCUACAUUCGUGUAAUAAUAACGGUUGAUUGGCGAGUCAGAUUUGUGGUAAACCGCUCAGUUUAAAAAUCUGUGAAAAUACCAGUUUAACAUGUUUUAGUUUGAUUAGUGUUAUGUGGCUGAAAUCUGUUCUACAAGAUGCUCUGGUCGACUUGUUAGCCUUCCUCGUGUAUGUGUGUUUCUGUUAAAGACAGCUCACUACAGUAACACCUGUGUUCGCUGCAGGUAAAGUACUGACUACAGAUAACUAGUUCACAGAAAAUGCUUAAAAAAAACACAUGACUAUACCUUUAACAGUUUUAAAUUCCUUCAUCCAGAGAAUUCAGGAUGAUUGGAAGUUGAAGCUGUUUUAGAUUUUCUUGUGUUACACCAGUACUCUGUUUCCAUAUAGCUUGUUGUAUGAUAUAUUUAUUUUAAACCUCCAAAUAUUACUCCUUGGAAACAGGAAAGUUUUUUUUUAUUCUAUUUUGUGUGUAAUAAAAGUUGUUCUGUGCACAAAUGCUUUUCUAACAGCAUGUUGUCACAUGUCAACAAAACUACAAAGUGCUUUUUUUAGGAAAAAGAUAAUUCUGGAAAAAAACAAUUUAGAUUUAUGUGGUUUCUGAUCUUUUGGUGAAACCUGCAGAUAUGUCAAACUGGUCCUCUGACUACAGCAAUUAGAGUACAAGAUACUCAUUUAAGGAUUUUUUGGUCAGUAUUGAACAUAAAAUCUUAUUUCAUAAAGGGAUUGUAAAUGAUAUUGAGCCACCUUAAACAUGGCGCUGCUCCUGCCACAGCUUCUGGAUGAAUAAGGGUUAGGUGGUGUACUAAGAGGAGAUUGAAGCCGUUUUACAGAAAACCAACUGAAGUCCGAACCAUGUUUGAUAAGAUAACCUAAAAGAGCCUGUAAAAUGGACCUGAGGUCUGUCUAAAACGGUUGGUCACAGAUUUCACACCAGAUUUGUUGUUUGUCUAAGAAAAACCCAGACCUAUCCUUUAAUUUGCCUCACUGAUUAAUGUAGACCUGCUUUGCCAUUACUGGAAGUUGAUUGUAACAUUAUCACUGUUCACUAUCAAAGCAUCGACACAAAAACCAUUUGGAAUCCAGGCUCAAUCCAGCAACCUUUAACUUCAUUAUCACAUCUCUGUUUCCUUUUUAAUUUAUUGCCAUCUGGUUUUGAUUAGGGUAUCUGCAGCACCUCGAGCUGACAGUGGUUAGUGUGUGUUUGGAUGUGUGCAUAAAUGGGUUCCAAAGCUGACAGUAAAUACUACAGAAUGACAUGGUGUGUUUUCCUGCUCCGGUUGUUUGGUUUUGUCGACCAGCCUGAUAAAGUCUGUUUUGCACUCUGCCAUUUACUUUGAGUGUGAUCCAAUGGAAGAAUAGAACCUGUGAUGUCCAAAACAGUCCAUGACUUUGAUAAAAGAGCAUCUUGUUUCCAUGGUGAUAUCAAUAUAUCCAUAUUAACAACACAAAUAUCUAUGUGGGCAUGUAUGACUGAAUUAUUCCUAAAAUAAAUACACGCUAAAAGGCAUAGCAGUUGCAGUGUUUACAUGGCAUUUCAAUAAAACUGUACAUCAGCCCAAAA